AUGUCGUCCUUCUUCGUCGAGCUCUGGGAAGGCAUCUUCACCCCCGGCCCGACCCCCACCAUCCUCAAGGCCACAAACAUCACCUUCGCCGCCCUCCAGCUCGUCCUCCUGUCCCUCCUCGCCGCCACCUACAGCGUGCACUUUGUCGUCUUGUCCGUGCUCUGCGGCGGGCUCUGGUGGUCCGUCAACUGGUUCGCGCGGGAGCUCCGCGUCGCCCAGGCGCAGGAGGAAGAGAAGCAGCAGCAGAGGAAGCACAAGUUGGGCGUGCCGGCUUCCGAUACGGAGGUCGAGGGGAGGGUGCCGGCGAGGAGGACGAGUGCGAGGAACAAGAAGGGCGCGAGCGCUGCGGCGGCGGCCAAGGCGGAUGAUGCUGAGCCUGUGGAGGCGAGGGGGGAGCUGAAGCAGCGGUCGUUGGCGGAGAGCAUGUCGAGCGUGAGUACCGAGGACGAGUGGGAGCGGGUGUCUGAGAACGAGAGGGAGAAGGAGAAGUGA